AUGGCCUCUGCCGGGAAGGUAACUGAGAAGCGGCAUAACCCAGUGGAGAGCAUUUGUAGAAAAAUCAGAGCCAUCCAAAAGAGAGAAGAGGUUUCAAAUCCCGUUCGACAGAUUAUCAAAUACCAAUCUAGCAGUUUUGAUAGUCCGCAGACUAACGCCAAGAAAGAGUUUGAAGAGGUACUGAAGAAAAUGGCGGCUGCUUACAUUCCCACACCCAACACUCACUUCUCAAGUUCUGAGAAAGAUAAUGUCUUCAUUUCAUCUCCUCAAAUAGAGUCUCCAAGAACCUCCUCCAUCUCUCAUCUCAGCUCUCCUGAGAAUGCAACAUACUCUGUUAUCCUCACAAGUUCUGAAAACAUCUCAAGGCCGAGAUCCCAGAAUUAUACAUCUUUGAUAUCACAGAUCAGAAAAGGGGGGCUGUUCUCUAACAAGGAUUUGAAUAACUAUUGCAGUGAAAACAGUUUUAGUACCUUAACACUUGACUUUGAUUUUACCUCUGAUCAAAGCUCUGAACUUUUUACUCCUCAGGAUUCAGUGGUGAAAAAAUUAUCUCUGAAUGAAGAUGGAUGGAAAUUAGGAACCAAUGAUGGCAAGGAACAUGUAAACUAUAGCAUUAACAGGACCUGUGAAGAAGAGUUCUUCACAAGUAUUAUUCAUGCAUGUGAUGCAAAAUGCAGAGGCUCAGUAGGAGUUGCCACAAUAAUAGAUUACCUGAGACAAAGAGCAGGUCAAGAUUCUGAAGAUGGUGUCCUUGAGGAGCUGUGGAACACGCUUGAUCCUGAAAAGAGAGACCUGAAUGUGGAUAUGGAAACUUUCCAUGCCAUCAGGAGAGAAUGGAUGGCCUACCAUAGAAACAAACGGGAAGGAGUGGAUAGUGGAUCAAAUGACAGCAUUGAGGAUUCUGUUUUUGGACAGGACAGCAUAAAAUCAGGCGGAACAACUAAGAUGAUGGCAGAUAUAACAGAGUCUGCAUCAGGGAGCUUCGAGGCUUUAGGUGGAGACAUGUCUAAAGGAGUCUUAGAGGUGUCUGGUUUGAUUACCUAUAUAACAGACCUGCAUUUCAAUAAGCAGAAAUUGGAGGAGGAAAAUAAUAAGUUUAAAUUGGCAUUAGAAACCUUGGAAGAAGCUAACAGCCAGUUAUCAGAGGAUUGUACUGAGUUGCGCCUUCAGAUAAAAAGUGCCCGCCAGGCUAUUAUGAGAACAAAUCUGUUAAAAGAAGAACUGGAGGAACUGAAAAUUAGUAUGGAUGCUUCAGAAGAGCAGAAGACCAUGAUUGUAGCCCAGAACAAACAAUUAAAGACAGAAAACCGGGCCCUGAUUCUUAAGAUUCGGAUUCUCCAAGAAGAGAAUACUAAGAACAUUAUGGAUAUAUAUAAAUUGGAAAAGAAGAUAGAGGAAUUGUCUAAAACUGAGACAGAGCACCAAAUGCAGUUACACACUUACGAGAACAGUUUACUUAGUAAAGAUGCGAGUCUGAGGAAGAAGGAUUUAAGUAUAGAAGAACUUAAGUCAACCAUCAUUGAAUAUGGAAGCAUUAUAGAGAAUUUACGAGGGGAUAAAAACAAACUGGCUCUUGAGUUACAGCACUUGCAACAGGAACUCAUCAUAAAUGGGAUCCAGUUGAACGUUAGUGGGGAGCGUAAUAGUAUCAUCUCUGAAGGAGAAAAGUCUUUACAUUGUGAACUCAUUCUUGCUCAGUCUGCAGAGGACAGUGAAACUGAGUGGCAGUACAGUUUAAUCAACUUGUCCCCUCUCGACAUGAUGAUGGACCAAGAAAUGCUACUAUUACUGAGAGAACUAGAACAAAAGGGAGUGAAAUUCACAGCUAUGCUUCAGAAACUGCAUGGAGAAGUUUCUGAAGUUGAAACCCUUGUUGAUAGCUCUCUAGAGUGGGUAACUAAUCCAGAAAUUACUGUGAAACAGAAGUGGGAGAACAAGCUUACUGAAUUCAAAUAUAUCAUGGAAGAGAAGCUAAAUCUGUGCAUAUUAGUGCUGAACAGCUUGGGAAACCACAAAGAAUCUCUUGAUAAAGAGUGUGUCAAAUUGAUAGAGAUUUUGAAGAGAUUCAGGCUGGAGUAUUUAUAUUUCAGAAAAGGAUUUCUUUCCAGGCAGAAACAACUAGAAGCCAUUAAACAACUGCGAGAAGAUGCUGUCAACCAGGAAGCCCAUCUCAGGGAGAAGGUCCAAGAAGCCAGCCAACGGUUGGAGGACACAGAGGAGCAGGUUGAGGAUCGAGAUCGGGCAGCCCACGGUGCCAGUGAAAAAGCCAAGUCUCUGCCGCAUAAAUUAGAGGAAGCAAUUUUGGAACAACGGAAUCUGCAGGCUAUAAAUACUGAGUUAGUGAACAGUUGCCAGAUACUUGAGCAGAAGACAAGGAAACUGAAAACAACAAUUGAAUCACCAAGAAAGAAGUUAAUUAAAGGACAACUCCAUGGCUUGCUGUUUCAGAGCUGUUUAGAUGAGCAAUUUCCUCACUAUGAUCGCUUGUCCUGCUCAGAUAGAUUUCAACAACCUCUUCAAGAACAACUGAAGCAGUGUUACCAUAAACGAUAUAGCGGUCAAGAAGCAAGAAUACAUCAGACACCCCUGACCUUCAAACAUACGUGCUGGUACACGCCUCUGCUGGAUGCCUUGCAUCUGGAUAGUCUUACAGCAAUUCCAAGACUGGAAUUGACACCUUUCUCAUAUGUAGCCAACGGAAUCCAUGCUUCAUGUGAAAGGCUCAAAUAUGGAGAAAUAGAUGAUGGUGCUUUGGAUGUGACUAGAAGACACAAGUGCCCAGGCCCUGUAGCUGGCCCCCUUCCAGGAACAGAUCUUUCAGGUUGCCUCAGGAUGAAUGAUGACCUAAGUAUGGAAGAGAAUGAUGUUGAACGCUCGUAUUCUGAGAGCCCGCCACAGUCCAGAGAAUAUUCCACACUACCGUCUCCUGGACAUACUUCAUCCACAGAGAGUACUGUAACUUCAAGUGAUUCUGGAUCAGAAAUUUUGAAUAUGGCUUCUGGUGACCUUGAUCGUAAAUAACUUUGUGAAAAAGAGGAGAAUACCAGAUCAGCUUCCUCUAUGAUAAAGAUCAAGGGCAAUAGUCCAGCUCCUGAGAAUAUUGCACUCCAGGGCUCUGCGAGUGAGGACAAAACCAUGUUAAAUCUGGAAGCCAAAGAGGAACCAGAAACAAUGGAUAAGCACAAAAAAGAAUGUGCUGCAGGAGACACUGCUAUUUCCUCUCUUCCUGUAACCAAUGUGAAAUCAGUUAACUUUAGACAAAGUGACAGCACUUCUGCUAAUGAGAAGGAGGUGGAGGCUGAAUUUCUCAGAUUAUCUUUGGGAUUUAAGUGCGACUUGUUCACCUUGGAGAAAAGAGUGAGGCUUGAAGAAAGAUCCCGUGACUUGGCUGAAGAAAACUUGAAGAAAGAAAUCACUAACUGUUUAAAACUGUUAGAGUCUUUAACACCUCUUUGUGAAGAUGACAACCAGGCCCAGGAAAUCAUUAAGAAGCUGGAGAAGACUAUAACAUUCCUUAGCCAGUGCACGGCACGAGUGGCCAGUAGGGCUGAGAUGCUGGGGGCCAUUAAUCAGGAAAGCCGGGUUAGUAAAGCAGUUGAAGUGAUGAUUCAGCACGUAGAAAACCUGAAGAGAAUGUAUGCCAAAGAGCAUGCUGAAUUAGAAGAACUGAAACAGGUUCUUUUGCAAAAUGAAAGGUCUUUUAACCCUCUUGAAGAUGAAGAUGACUGCCAAAUUAAAAAACGUUCAGCUUCUCUAAACUCCAAGCCAUCUUCUCUUCGAAGAGUGACCAUUGCCUCUCUGCCCAGAAAUAUUGGAAAUGCAGGAAUGAUGGCUGGGAUAGAAAAUAAUGACCGAUUCAGUAGGAGGUCAAGCAGUUGGCGUAUUUUGGGGUCAAAGCAGAGUGAACACCGUCCCUCAUUACAUCGAUUUAUUAGCACCUAUUCCUGGGCAGAUGCUGAAGAAGAAAAAUGUGAACUAAAAACUAAAGAUGACUCAGAAACACCUGGAGAAGAAAUAGUAGAAAGGACAAGAAAGCCAAGUCUUUCUGAAAAGAGAAAUAAUCCACCAAAGUGGGAUGUCUCUUCAGUUUAUGACACAAUAGCUUCCUGGACAACAAAUCUCAAGACUUCCAUCAGAAAGGCUAAUAAGACACUCUGGCUUUCUGUUGCAUUCUUUGUACUGUUUGCAGCUUUGAUGAGCUUCCUCACAGGUCUGUUUUUCCAAAAGUCAGUGGAUGCCGCUCCCACACAGGAUGGGGACUCCUGGAUGUCUCUAGAACAUAUCUUGUGGCCAUUUGCCAGACUCCAACACAAUGGGCCACCACCAGUGUGACUGCAGCACAUCCUAAUGUGUGUAUCUUGCCUUUAAAGUUUCAGUAUCUGAACUUUGUAAAUUAGUAACUUUUAGCUGGAAA